UUAUAUUGCAAAGGUAUAAAUAUACACAUUUGAAACAAGGGAUCCCUUUUUUGAAUAUUCAGACAAACUUUCACAUAAAAUAUGUCAGAAUCUGUUCAAGCUGGAUUCACGCAAGUUAAAUAAAAACAUAUUCUUAAAUAGUUGUACUAACAAUUUGUGCGAUAAAAUAAAUCUUACUUAUGAAGCUCUUGAACUAGAUGUCCAUUAGGGUCAGGAAUUAUGCUUUUAAAAGUUCUCCGAACUGUAAUCCUUUAUAUUAUUGUCAGACAAAUUAUUUGUGUUUAAACAUAUAAAAUCCAGCAGAAUUUUGAGUUAUGGACACGAACUUAAACGAAGCCUAGCCAGUGUCCACUCAAUAAUUAAAUACAGUGCGGAAUGACCACACACCAUCUCACAACUUUGCGUACCAUUGUAGCUCCUGCAUUGCUGGAGAGUCCGUUCGUGGAACCGAGCCCACACCCACCACCCCCCGAUGCCUGAGAACUCGGCGCGAAUCCAGGUAAUGCAGGCCGUCGGCGGCGGAAUCGCCGGAGCCGCCACUCGCACCAUAACCCAGCCCUUGGACGUGCUGAAGAUCCGCUUCCAGAUGCAGGUCGAGCCAGUCACGAACCACAAGGGCUCCAAGUACCGCGGAGUCAUCCACGCCAUCAAGUCUGUGUACGCCGAGGAGGGGAUGCGGGGCAUGUUCCGUGGACACAACUCCGGCCAGGUGCUGAGUGUCACCUACGCCCUGGUGCAGUUCUGGUGCUACGAGCAGCUGCGCUACAUGGCCCACCACUCGCCCUUCUGGAACGAGCGUCCCUUCCUCAUGUUUUUCUUCUGCGGAGGACUGGCCGGGUGUCUGGGCGGCUUGGUGACCCAGCCCCUGGACGUGGUGCGGACGCAGAUAGUGGCCGCCGAUCCCUCGUCGCACCGCAGCCAGAUGAGCACCCUGCACGGGCUGCGAAGGGUCUACCGGCUGGAGGGCUGGGCGGGUCUUUUCCGGGGACUGCCCUUCACGCUGGCGCAGAUCUUCCCGCUGGUGGGGGGAAACUUUCUGUUUUACAAGUACCUGAACGCCCUGGUACUGAUGGCCAAGCCGCCCGAGCAGCGCCAGGAGAUCCACGGCGGCUUCCUCUUCCUCAACGGGGCCUUGUCCGGGGUGGCGGCCAAGAUGCUCGUCUACCCGGCGGACCUGCUCAAGAAGCGCAUCCAGUUGGUGGCCUUCAAGCACGACCGGAAGAGCUUUGGCCGGAACCCCGACUGCCCCACGAUCCUGGGGUGCAUCACCACCACGUUCCGGGUGGAGGGACUGGGAGGCUUCUACAAGGGCAUGUCGCCCACCCUGCUCAAGGCCGGGCUGACCAGCGCCGUCUACUUCACCAUCUACGACUUGUUCAAGCGGCACUACAUCGGCCCCAUGAAGGAGGCCGACAAGGUCCGGCCCAAGCACGGGAAGUAGUGGUCGUAACAGUCGUCAAGCACAGUCGAAUGUGUCCGGCAUCGCGUGAGGAUGUGUGGAAUAUGGAUGAGCGAACAAGUCGUAUAUAAGUUAAGAGUCCCGUGGAUGGAGUGAAUUGAAGGGCAUAUGCGGUAGACUAGACGACCAGAUGGCCA